UCAUGUUUCAAACGAAUUUAACUCGACACAGCAUGUGGAGCUGCAACAUUUUUAUUGUUGUGUGGUGUAGUGCGUUGACUCUUGUUUUAACACAAAGACAUUCAUUGAUUUGAUUCGAAAAUUUGCCCAAGUUUUAAGCUUUAAAAGUAUGCCGAACACAACCCUUGAAAAUUCGCCCAAUGCGGUGCUGAACAAGUCAGUGGCUGAAAGGUACCGCCAUUUGGCAUGUCCUGAAAAUAAGGUGAAAGCCACCUACAUAUGGAUUGAUGGGACUGGUGAAAAUGUGAGGGCGAAAACACGCACCGUCGAUUUUAUCCCAAAGAAACCCGAAGAGUUGCCGGUUUGGAACUACGAUGGGAGUUCCACCUACCAAGCCGAAGGCUCCAACUCCGACACUUAUCUCUGUCCCGUCGCCAUGUACAACGACCCCUUCAAUGGGGGCAACCACAAAUUGGUCAUGUGCGACACUUACAAGUACAACAAAAAACCCACAGAGACCAACCACCGACACACUUGUCUCCAAGCCAUGGAGGCGGCGAAAGACACCAAACCCUGGUUUGGGAUCGAACAAGAGUACACUUUACUCGAUAUGGAUAUGAGGCCUUUGGGGUGGCCCAAAAACGGGUUUCCUGGCCCCCAAGGGCCUUAUUAUUGCGGCGUGGGGGCUAACAAAGUCUACGCCCGGGAUAUAGUCGAGUCUCAUUACAGUGCUUGUCUCUAUGCUGGGAUUAACAUUGCGGGGACCAAUGCUGAGGUUAUGCCAGCUCAAUGGGAGUAUCAGGUGGGCCCCUGUGAGGGGAUUUCCAUCGGGGAUGAGUUAUGGGUCUCGAGAUAUAUUCUGCAUCGUGUCGCUGAAGAUUUUGGGGUUAUUGUCACAUUUGACCCUAAGCCCAUUGAAGGCGAUUGGAAUGGGGCUGGGGCUCAUACUAACUUCUCCACUAAAGCGAUGAGGGAAGAUGGGGGGAUUAUUGAAAUCGAGAAGGCUAUUGAUAAGCUCAGUAGAAACCACCUUAGACACAUCCAGGCCUACGACCCCAAGGGGGGAAAAGACAACGAACGUCGUCUCACCGGCCGACAUGAAACAUCCUCAAUCCAUGACUUCAGUGCAGGUGUUGCCAACCGUGGCGCGAGUAUUCGCAUUCCUCGCGGUUGUGCGGAAGAAAAGAAAGGUUAUCUUGAAGAUAGAAGACCUUCUUCUAAUUGCGACCCCUAUGCAGUAUGUGAAGCUUUGGUCCGAACAUGUAUUCUAGAUGAAUAAAUAGAAACUAAUUUUAUUUUUUUUUGUUUAAUUUUUUUUUUUCAUACGACUUGUGUGUUAUUGGAGAAGUUUUAUUCUUCAAUCUAGCAGAAACAAUGUAUUCAGUAUAUGUAAAUAUUUAACGCCAUAUCAGUAGGUUUAGUGCAUGCCACGAAAUAUUGGUUGAUGGGAAUAGAAUAUUAAGCACAUGCUAUAUCAAAAUGUAUUUUGUUACGUUGUCAAAUAGUUUAUACAAGUUAUUGUAAUUGCAAGAAUUCAAAUAUAUUUGCUAUGUUCACA